CUCCAACACCCUAUCAGCCAACAGCGGAACUUCCAAGGCUGAGCAUUAUUGCGCACUGAUUCAGCAAGUCGCCUAUAUCAAUUAGGGACUCAAAAAUAAUGAGCGGACCUCUUCCUUCGUCUUUCGAGGGCAAUCCUCAAUUCGAGGAGGAGACGCCCCUCCAAAAAUUUGGAAGAAGAUUCAAGGAGGAACCUUUAAUUCCACUAGGAUGUGCUGCUACCUGUUAUGCGCUCUACCGCGCCUACCGAUCGAUGAAGGCUGGUGACUCAGUUGAGAUGAACCGUAUGUUCCGCGCCCGUAUCUAUGCCCAAGCGUUUACUCUCGUCGCCGUGUGUGCUGGAGGAAUGUAUUUCAAGACCGAGCGGAAGGAGCGGAAAGAAUUCGAGCAGGCCCUUGAACUGCAAAAGGCCCAGGAAAAGAGAGAUGCGUGGGUCCGUGAGUUGGAAAUUCGAGACAAGGAAGAUAAGGAAUGGAGGCAGCGUCAUGCUGCUAUGGAAGCGGCGGCGAAGGAAGCGGGCAAGAAGCCGGUAUCCCCAGGGCUCGAUGCAGCUCGCUCUUCUCUUGAACCCUCUGAAGAGAAGUCUAUUGGAGUGUUGGAUGCUGUGAGGGAACUGAUCGCAAGUCGGAAAUAAGGCCGCGAAUAUGCAUUUGUUCGGUUACAUGUAUUACUAAACUCGCUCUCCUAUAUUUAACUUUGGCGUUUGGGAUUGUACAUAUGCUUUUGAAUUUUUAUGUUCUUUUUUCCCCUGGCGUAAUCUAUGACUUUUCACGGCCACCUAUUGUAGCUGUGUACUAUUUACAGGGUGUAUUAGAACAACUGCAUCGUGUCCUUGGGUUUUGCACAUUGCAUGAUGUAAGGCAGUAUCCAAGCAUGAAGGUUGGCAAUAAAGUGCUCUUGUGUCUGGGGAUGGUUGCGGCUGUUCUUUCGCCUAGGCAUUAGCCUCAAGCUGUGGCCUGUUCAUCGAUAUAUCGUUUCAUCAUGUCAAAUUCAGACUUUCCCGU